GGACCGGAAAUAGAAUUAUUUGAAUAAAUUUCUAAAACAGUAAAUCUUUAUAUGUAAGUGCUACUAUUUCUUUCAAUGAACAAAUAAAAAAGCCUCUAAGCAAUAACAAAAUUUAUCUUCUUGUCAUUAAACACACAUGCGGUAUACAUGCUCUCUGAAAUCAUAUCUACUUGAUCGUCCUGGCAACGCAAAUUUAAACUAUCAACAAAAAUGAUUAAAACUAUUAAAACAAUCAAGACAAUGGUUAGCGAGUGUUACUUUUUUUAUUGAAAUUUAGGUUUUAUACAGAAAUGUCAGACGACAUUAAUACAGAAACUAUCAAAAAUACUCAAAAAUUAUUAGGAAAAUAUGUAAAAAAACCCGCGCUUACGGAGAAACUUCUCAGAAAACCGCCUUUUCGCUUUUUACACGAUGUUAUCACCUGUAUAAUUCGUGAUACUGGUUUUUUGAAGGGUCUCUAUAGUGAAGACGAAUUACAAUCCGAUAAUGUUAAGGAAAAAGACGCAAAACUUAAUUUUCUAACAAAAUUAAUCGACGCCAUGAAGUCAAUUACAGGAAAGGAAAUAAAGGCCCGUCCAGGUAAGAUAAUAGCUGGUUUAGAACCAAAAGAAACAAAUCACCUUUUGCAAAUAAUUGCAAAGGCUUUGGACAAAAAAGUAGACAGCUCUGUAUAUAUUAACAACUUGAACAAAGAAACUAGAAAUAUGACUGGCCAAAAGGAAAAAAAGAGAACCCCAAGUACUAUUCGUGAUGCCAGUAGUGAUAAAAAAACAAAGACGUCGUCAAAAAAUUCUACACCUCGCAGAAAUGAUAAGGAUAAUGCAUCAACUGACAGAAUGAGAAAAUCAAAAAUUAAUACUGAAUCUGUAACUAAUUCUAAAGCAAAUAAACAUGGUAAAAAUAAAGAGAAAGACAUUAACAAGGAAGGACAAAAAAUAAGAACAGAUACAAAAGAGUCUGAAGAAAAAGAAGAAAAACAAAAUUCGAAUGAAGACAUCAAGGAAGAACAUAAUGAAAAGUUGGAAACACUUGAAGAAGUUCAAGAUAAAGAUGACAUUAAAAGUGAGGAGGAAGUUGAACCCAGCAAAAGUAACAUAAAUGAGAAUAAUGAUGGCAAAAACAAGGAAGAAACUAUUACAAGUGAUAGCAGUAAGGACAAUAUGAAAGUCAAAGAAUCCAAAUUAAAAGACGAUGAUAUAAAAAAUUCUGUUGAUGUCCUACUGCAGAAAAAGGACACAACACUGAUUCGACCAAAAUCUGCAAAGCCAAAAAGCAGCGGAUUAGGGAGAGAAAGAGGAAAACAAAUUGUAUCAAACAUUCCAUCAGAGAACACUGAAGAGUCUAAUAAAAUCAACGAAUCAAAUGUUACAGAUCAGAAUCAUUUUCAAAGACCAAAUACAUCGUUGUUACGUCCACCUUCCGUGCGACCAUCAAGUGCAAGACCUGGUGCCCCUCGUCUAAAGCAAGAGCCGGUCAUACCUUCUGAAGAAGUCGUUCCUAUGGGAAAGGUAAAGGUAAUCAUAGAAAAUUUCGACAAAAACGACGUUGACGACGAAGACACGGUUACAAUUCAAUUAGUAGAACCACCGGAAGUUUCUACUCGAUCGCCUGCUUUAUCCUCGGAUGUCCGGGGACAUCUCGUCGAACAGAUACUUGAACAACUUCAGAAUGACGACGAAUCAACAGCAAACUUAAAUAAGACGUCCCAAGUCGAAAUUGAAUGGGAACAAGAGGAAGGUUUAGGAGGAAAAGAUGCAGUAAAUAAGGAAAUAGAUCAGGUACGAACCACUUUACAGCAGCUUACAAAGUGUGCGAAUCCUCUAGGUAAAAUGUUGGGAUAUUUGCACGAAGACGUUGAUGCUAUGCAGGCAGAACUGAAUAUGUGGUGGGAAAGCAGGAAACAGGCUGAAAAGGAGAUCAUAGAACAGAAAAAAGCCAUAGAAGAGGAACAAAAGCCAUUAUUGAUCCAAUUGGAGACCGUUAGGGGAAAUAUCGAAAAAUAUAAGAAACAAAUUGCAGCUGCGGAAGCCAACAUACUGCAAAAUGAAAGAAGAAUACAGAAUUUACUACUUCUAAGCUAAAAAAAUAUUAUAUACUCCAAAUUGUAUCUAACACAUGUAAUAAAUUGUUUUGUACAGCA